AUGAAAAAUAAUCCACCAUUAGUAGAAGUAUUAAAUUAUAAAGAAGGAGAAGAAGCACGUACUUUAUUAGUAAGAGCACAUUUAUUAGAAAAAAAUAAAGUGAUUAAUUAUAUAAAUGAAAUGAGUAAAUAUAUUACUUCAUUAAUUCAAAAUGGAAAAACAUUAUCAAAACAUCAAAUUUUAUUUAAUAAAUUAGUCAAUAAAUUCAAAAAUGAUGUUGGACUUAUUGUUUGUUUUCUUCUUAGAUAUGAAAUAUUUGAACCUUAUCAUGCAUUUUUUAUUCCUCCUAAUUAUCCUCAUGGAUAUAUUGAAGGAGAAUGUGUUGAAGCAAUGGUUUCAAGUGAUAAUGUUAUUCGAUUUGGACUUACUCAUAAAUUUUGUGAUCUUGAAGCUUUACAAUUCAUUCCACAUGAAACUUGUAAUAGAAUUAGUGAAGUAGAUAAAGAAAUAUUAACAAUACGUUCAGAUGAUUAUCAAGCUGCUCAAUCAAUUAGAUAUAUAAAUCCAAAACAAUAUUUAAAUAGUUUUAUAGUUACUGUUUAUCAUAUUAAUAAAGGUUUUACUAUUGAUGUAUCAAUUUUAAGUACUUCUUUAUUUGUAUUAUAUAAAGGAAAAGCUAGAAUUGAAAAUUCUAUUUACCAAAUUGGUGCUGCUUUCUUAAUUAAAGACAGAAAUAUUUUAACAGUUAAUGCUCUUGAUGAUGUUUCACUUGUGUUACUCUCAUAA